CUGAAAAAUAUGUAAAGAUUGAACCCCUCUAGUGUGCAUCUAGAUUCGGAUUUCAUAGAGGAUUAUGUGCAUGUAGCUGAGUUAGAUUACAAAUCUGGGUAAUUUCGGUUGGAUUAGCCUCUUAAUCACACAGUCAUCGGCGCUGAAUCCCCGCCCCCACAACCCCGCGAAUAAACAGCCAAACGGGCAAUAAGGAUGCGGAGAGGAUCCUGGUGACGCUGCGAUGGGUGCCUACGAAGAUACCGAUAUUCAAACAAUAAUGAGGAUCCGAUUUGAUUACAAGUCGGUGUAGUCGUUUUUAUCUCCGCUAUAAAACAAAAACCAAACAUUCUUCGGCCAUGAUUUUCCUGCGGAGGCUCGUGCAGCUGUUGGUGCUGCUGAUCCACAGCGCAUGGUGGGGGGUCGCGUCGAGCCCCACAGAUGAGGGAGCGCUCCGGGCCGGCCACGGGGAGCACGGAGAGCCGGGACACCAGGAGCCUCACAAGGACUCCUACAGCACCUUCGCCUCCGAGUUCCUGGAGUCCAGAUAUCUGAGCGAUGACGGAUAUCCAUUCCCCACCGCCCCACCAGUGGAUCCCUUUGCCAAGAUCAAAGUAACCGACUGUGGAGUAACCAAAGGCUGCAUAAGAUAUGGGAAGCCAGGGUGUGAUGCAGAGACGUGUGACUACUUUCUGAGUUAUCGUCGCAUCGGGACAGAUGUGGAGUAUGAGAUGAGUGCAGACACAGACGGCUGGGUGGCUGUAGGUUUCUCCUCUGACAAGAAAAUGGGAGGAGACGAUGUCAUGGGCUGUGUCCAUGACGAUAAUGGACGUGUACGGAUUCAUCACUUCUACAAUGUCGGCCAGUGGGCCAAGGAGAUAAAGAGGAACCCGGCUAGAGACGAAGAAGGCAUUUUUGAUAGCAACCGUGUGACCUGCCGUUUUAAACGGCCGUUAUACGUCCCCAGAGAGGAAACGCUUGUGGACUUACACCUGUCAUGGUAUUACCUGUUUGCAUGGGGACCUGCCAUACAAGGUUCUAUCACGAGGCAUGACAUCGACAGUCCGCCCGUCAGCGACCACAUGAUCAGUAUCUAUAAGUAUGAGGACAUCUUCAUGCCUUCUACAGCCUACCAGACCUUCAACUCUCCCCUCUGCUUACUGCUCAUAGUAGCACUCACCUUCUAUUUACUAAUGGGAACGCCAUAAUGAAGCACAGCAGGGCACAUAGGGAAGAGAAUAUGAAGCAGCAAUAAUAAGAAAGUUGCCAUUUUUGUCUGAUUCUAGUGUGCAUUUUGCACAAAGAGACACUAUAUUAGAUUUACUAAACACGAUAGAGUAUGUACAGUUAUUCUGAACUCAUUCAGAGGAUCUUGAAAAAGUAUUAAACCUAGAUGUCAUGUACUGGUGUCAGUACAAAACGAGAGGUCUGAUAAAAGAUUAGUAUUAUUAGCUUAGGCCAGUUAUUUUCAGUAUCAAUGAUAGCUUCCAGAUAUAAAAAAAAAACAUAAAUAAAUAAACCUCACAAGUCUUCGUAAUACUGCAUGCAUUGGGAAAUCUGCGAAUGAUUUCAAAAACCCACUGUUCACUGGUGAUGAGAAGACAGUGCCUCAUGUUGAACUUGGCUGAAACAUAAAGGUUUUCUGAGGACAAAAGAAACCAAGCGGCUCACAGCUGUUUGCACACACUCUUCCUGUCCCUUUACUCUGUUAUGUUUAUAUGGGUAUUAAACUUUGCAAAAACAAAAGACAACUUAUUUGGUGGUUCGUACCAUCACGAAAUAUAGUUUCCAGGGACUGCCUACAGUAUGCACUUACCAUGUAAAAGAAUUUCAUUACUUUUUCUGUUUAUGUAUGGCACUGAUAAACACUUGGCUCAUUCCCUCUUUUCAACCAGAGUGGCUGUCGGGUUUCUUUAUCAGUACUGUGGCACUGUGACAUUAGUUAACAGACAGAGAGCGGCUGCUACAUGAGUUACUAUGGCCUAUGCAAGCGGUAACACACUGAACAGGAGCAAACUGUUGAUCAUAAAGAAAAGUUUGCUUGGACAUGGACUAAUUUUUUCCCUAAUGCUGUUAUAGUAGCCUUUUGAUCUGUAUUAAAAAUGGGUGGAUGUGUUCAAACCUAUGGUUAAAAUGUAUCCCACUGAAACAAUAUGCCAUGCUUGUGUUUACUAUCAAUAAACCUUUUAAGAAAUAACAA